GUAAUAGAUCAACACUCGUGGAGUUCGCUUCGUUUCCACAGAAGGAUAAUUUUUCUUGCUGUGGGCUGCACUGUGUUAUCUGUAGUCUAGUUAGCUUAAGAGACUGUUGCCGAGCCGUUGAAGACGAAAAACGAUAAUCCUCAGCAUGGGGGUGGCUGAAGAUUUCGCUCCCAGCUUUGUGAAGAAGCCGCAACUGCAUCAAGAAGAUGACGGUAAUCGGUUGAUAUUUGAAUGUCAGCUGCUGUCGUCCCCGAAGCCGGAUAUAGAAUGGUUUCGCAGUGACAAUAAACUAACAGAGGAUGCCAGAACCAAAUUUAAAAUUCAACCCAUCGGGGAUAACAAGUUUACGGUAGUAUUAGAGCUCGACGAUGUUGUUGAAACGGAUGCUGGACUUUACAAAGUGAAAGCCAAGAACAAAUCGGGCGAGGUCUCCGCAUCAAUUAAUUUGAAUUUCACACUUGGCAAGUUCUUACUUCUCGAUGAUUCAAGACAAAUCGACGGUUUCGCGCCGACAUUCGCGAAAAAACCUGCCAUACGACAAGAGGAAGACGGUAAACGACUUCUAUUCGAGUGUCGUGUUAACGCUGACCCUUUACCCAAUAUAAUUUGGUUUCAUAAUGGCACGUCUGUUAAGGAAUCUCCCAGACAUAAGCUCACCAUCGAUAAGGAUGUCCACUCGUAUUUUGCAACGCUUGAGAUUCAAAAUGUUACAGUUGAGGAUGCUGGAAAAUACAAAGUGAAUGCAAAAAACGAACUUGGAGAGAGUAAUGCAACCAUAAGCCUCAACUUUGACAGCGACGAGGCUCCCGUACCCGAGAGUACAGAUGGAAUAAAACCUACAUUUACCGAGCGCCCCGUUAUCCGUCAAAGCGAAGAUGGCGGAAAUGUAACAUUUGAAUGUAGAUGCGUUGGAGAUCCCACACCAACAGUUACAUGGUCCCAUGGCGAGACAGUGCUGAGUGAGGGUAAGCGCUAUAAAAUGUCAUUGACGUUGGAUCAGAAACUUUAUCAUAUGGCGCGCCUAGAGAUAAGCAGCGUUGUCUCCAAUGAUCAGGGCGAAUAUAAAGCCCACGCGAAAAACAUACACGGCUCGGGCGUGGCAACAAUUAAUUUAAAUUUCGAAAGCGGAUCGAAAAAAAUUCCAGAUGGUAAAUCACCGCGAUUUCCCAAAAAACCGACAAUACGCCAAGAGGAAGAUAUUUUAAUAAUGGAAUGCAUCCUGGAAGCGCAUCCAAUACCGGACAUAACGUGGUAUUGCUCAGAUAAGCAAAUCUCAGACAGCCAGAGAACCAAAAUGACCCGAAAAGCAAUAACAAAAGAUAGCUACGUCCUAACACUCGAGAUACAAAAUCCCACAAAAGAUGAUGGCGGCAACUAUCGCUGUAAUGCGAUAAAUAUGUAUGGAGAAAGCAAUGCAAAUAUAGCGCUUAAUUUUCAAGGCGCCAAUGAUGCAAAUGGUUUUGCUCCAUCGUUUAUCGAAAAGCCAAGGAUUAUACCAAAUGAGACGGGCACUUUGAUAACCAUGAAGUGCAAAUGCAAGGCUAAGCCAGAACCCAUUGUCACAUGGUACAGGGGCCAAGACUUAGUGGAGAAGAGCAAAAAAAUAAAAAUAAACAGCACUGUCAUCGCGGAAGACACUUAUGAACUGACGUUGGAAAUAAAGGAUCCCGGCGCAACUGAUGGUGGCACUUACAGAUGUAAUGUGAAAAACGAGUACGGCGAAUCGAACGCGAACCUCAAUUUGAACAUUGAAGCAGAGCCCGAACCCGAGGGUGAAGGGCCAACAUUUGUUGAAAAGCCACGCAUUAUAUCUGAAAAUAAUGGUAAGCUUGUGAUCAUGGAGUGCAAGGUGAAGGCCGAUCCAAAGCCAGACAUUGUUUGGUUCCGCAACGGAGAGGUCAUCAAAGAGAGUAAUAAACUGAAAAUGUCCAUGGAAUCGCGUGGCGAUCAGUACUAUAUUAAAUUGGAGUUAAUUGAUCCACAGUUGGAAGACUCAGGUCUCUACAAAUGCAACAUUAAGAACACGUUAGGCGAACUGAACGCUAACCUGACGCUCAAUAUUGAAAUUGUGCCUGUUAUAAAGGACAAGCCCAAGAUUAUCAAAAUAAUCAAGAAACGAACUGUUGUCAUCGAGUGCGUAGUUGCAUCCAAAUUCGAGCCAAAAUGUACCUGGUAUAAGGAAAGCAAUAAGGUUGUCGAAAACAAACGACACGUUUAUCUAGUUGAGAAAACGAAGGAAGGUGAAUUUGCAGUCAAGCUUGAGAUCAACGAGGUUGAGGAUAGUGAUAAGGGCGCCUAUAAGCUAGUGGCCAGCAAUGAGAAGGGUGAGGCCGUGUCCCAGGUGGUCAAUCUCGUUGACAUCCCAGAAGAAGAGCGCAAACCCACUAAGCCAGAGAUUGCUCGUAAACUGGUUGACCAAAAGGUCACUGAAUCAAAGACAUUCGAGCUUCUGAUAAGCCUGAAGCAAUCGGAUCGUAAGUGCAAGAUCGAGUGGUAUAAGAGUAGUACCCUCAUCCGCGAGACGAAGGAUAUAACUACAACGUUCGAUGGCACAACAGCACGAUUGACAUUUAGUAGUGCCAAAUCGGAAAACACAUCAAAUUAUAAAGUUAUUGUAACAAAUGAGGCCGGUAAGGAUGAGUCCACUUGUAAGAUCACUGUGGAAAAGAAGGACAAAAAGAAGAAUGAGAAGGAAAAGGAGAAGGAGGAAGCUGAAAACAAACGUAAGGCUGAAGAAGAGGCCAAGAAGGACGAAAUCAUAGAAGAAACUGUUCAAGCAGAGAAAGAUGAAAAAGUUGCGAAGAAACAGAAAGAUAUUAAGACUACUGAAGAAAAUGUAAAGGCAGAAGCGGAAAAGGAGGCCAAGAAAGAUGAAACCAUAGAAGAGUCUGUUAAUGAAAAGAAACCAGAAGAAGUCACAAAGAAACCGAAAGAAAUUAGGGUUCCCGAAGAAAAGAAGAAACCGGAAGAUAAACAAAAAGAAGCAGCAGAGCCAUCACUAGAAUUAAAUAAAAAGAAGAGUCCAAAGGAAAAACAGGCGUUAACAAAAGAUAUUGAAGCUAAAAACGAAGAAACUGCUGUCGAAAAGAAGUCUACGAAAGUUGACGAAAGCAAAACGGAAGAAACGCCUGUAGAAGAGACAGCUCCAAAACAAAAGGAGGUGAAACUCAAUGACUUGGAGAAGAAAAAAGAAAUUGAUAAUAAGCCGCAGGCUGAGAAACAAGAUAUCGUUCCAGAAAUAAAGAAACCACUUAAAAAGAAAUCGGCGGCAGAAUCCAAAACAAAUGCAGCCGAAACAUCAAAGCCUAACGAGCUCAAAACUAAUGUAACUAAUGAACCUAGCGCAGAUAACGGCAUUCAACCUGAAGAGCAGGGACCUGUUGAGCAAAUUGGUCUGAAGAAAAUGGAGCGUAAGGCCAGUGUUGUAUCCAUGAAUGAAGAAUCCAAGUCUGAGGUACGUCGUAAGUCAAUAAUCAAAACAACCGGGGAAACAUCUGAGGAAGCCACAAAGAUUGUAUCUAGGAAAUCGUCAAUUGCGGCUGAAGAGAGCAUUUCAGAAUCUCGCCGCUUAUCUGUAGUUGAUAAGAAGGCCUUGGAGCAGGUUGAAAGCAAAAAAAUUGAGGCGAACAAUAAUCCACACUCUAUUAAGGAAGAGAUUCCCAAGUUGAAGCCAGCUGAAAAAAGGCGUGUCUCAAAGACUAUAGAAGAGCCGAAACCUUCAGAGGAGCUUCCGAAGCUCCGCAAAACGUCUAUUACACAGCCAAAGGAGGAACCUAAACUAGAGGUUGCAAAGCCAAAAGUCAAAUCAAAGCCCAAGGGCAAGCCCAAAUAUGAGGAGCUACCAGAAAUUCCAGAUUACGAGCGACCACAGCUCGAGAAAUAUGAAAAAUCCGAGUUUACGCCCACAGACUUUGCUAGGGAGCUAGAAAUACCAAAUAAAAUGGAGAAGCCAGUAGUGGACAAUGCCAAAAAGCCAGCAGAGUUGGCUCCACAAAAGAAUGGCUUGCCAAAGAAAACUGAGGCAAUUGAAAAACCUGUAGAGGAGCCAAAGACUCUAAAAAUGGGUAAAGGUAAAUUACCAGAUGACGAAGAUACUAGAGAUGGUGCCACACUAAAGCCUGUGAUUGUUGAACCAGAGAAAGAUAAACCAAAAUCAGGAGAUGAUAAAACGGAGGAGGCUGUGAAACCAUCUUUGAUGGAUAAAAUAAAGCAACGACGUCGUUCCUCAGUCAGACCCUUGAUGACCAAGGAACCCAUACAAAACGAGUCGUUCCUCGGUGUAGUUUUGAAACCCGUAAUAAAGGAUGCUAAAGAACAGGUUGCACCCCAACAAGCCAAGCAAUUACAUAAGGCAAAUGCAACGGAAGAGUUUAAUCCCACAAAAGCAUCCAAGGCUCAAAUAUCUGAGCUGAAAAAACCAGAAGUCAUAGCAACCAUUGUAGAUGAUUAUGAGCGGCCACAGUUAGAAAAAUAUCAGCGUUUCGAUUUUGAGAAACCCACACCUGAGAAGUCCACUCCUGUUGUUAAUAUCCCGGACCAAGACCCUCCAGAAGUCAAACUAACAGCCAUAAAUCCAAAGGAUGACAAGCCUAAGGUACCUAAGAUGCAACCUCCAGCACCUGGUGAGCCACCGAAGAUCGAGGUGAUACGAGAAAAACGUCCGUCCCUAGCACCAGAACCACCCAGCCGACGCGGCUCUCUAGUUCCCCCAGCGGACACGGGUCGCCGACCAUCGCUUAUUAUUAAUGACGAGAAGAAACUCCGCCCCGGCGAAGUCAUGGAUACACGGUUGUUGAGGCCAGGCGAGGUUGGUGAAGGACAGCAACAACAGCGACCCGGCGAAAUGGGCGAUGCGAAACAGCGGAGACGUCCCUCAAUUGACGUGCGUAGACCUAGCGUUCAGGACUUGGAAGAUCUUAUCAAUAAGCCAUCCACGCCAUUGCGCGAUGUCGGCGACGGUGGUCCACCAUCAAUUACUGAUGUCCAGGAGUCCUACUCAGUGGUCGAAGACUCGACGGCCUACCUUACUGUGACCAUCGAGGGAAAUCCUGCCCCCACUUUCAAAUUCUACAAAGGAGUUAGUGAGAUUCUUGAAGGUGGUCGCUACAAGUUCCUUACAGAUGGACAAUCAAAUUCAAUCACAUUGUGCAUGCGAAAGUGCAAGCCCAAUGAUGAGGGCAAAUAUAAGGUUGUCGUGUCGAAUAUACACGGCGAGGACUCGGCCGAAAUGCAGUUAUAUGUCUCCGAUUCCAGCGGCAUGGAUUUCCGUGCUAUGUUAAAGAAACGUCGUUAUCAAAAAUGGGACAAAGAAGAACAAGACCCCAAUUGGGGCGAUCUUAAAGAAACUGAAAAGCCAUUGCCGGCUUUAAAGAAAGUCGAAAGGGCGCCAACACUACGUAGACCAUCCCUAGCUGAGCUGAUCCCCGAUUGGCCGACGUUGCAUCCGUUUCGCCGUGAGGAGAAGGUAGAAUCAUUCCUUAGUCCAUUGAUCGACCAGUUCGCCAAGGAAGGCAAGGAUAAAAAGGUUGUAUUUGAGGCCAGAUUCAGCAAACCUAAUUGCAAGCCCAAAUGGUUAUUCCGCAAGGAUGAGGUGUUUACAGGCAGUAAAUUCAAAUUCAAGCAAGAAAAUGAUACAUAUCAAUUGAUCAUAACCGGACCUAAGGUGGAAGACACGGGAAAAUACACAAUUGAGAUCGGAGGUGUCUCCAGUACGGCAUUCCUCAAUGUCGAGGAAGCUGAUCCCACAUAUACAUUUACAAAGCCCCUUAAAAAGAAACUAGAAGGCUUUACCGAACAUGAGACCACACUAGAGUGUGCCGUUAGCAGUAGCAUGGCGAAUGUUCACUGGUUUAAGGACAAUAAGAAGAUUGAAUCGGAUGAUCCACGUUUCUUGAUCUCCAAAGAUAUAAAUGGUAAUCUAAAGCUAAUUAUCAAGGAGUCCCUAUUGGAGGACAGCGGUCAAUACAGGUGUCAAUUGGACAAGCAGCCAGAUAAAACUGAAACGGCAUUAAAGAUAGUCGAGUAUCCAUAUAAAUUUGUGAAAGUCCUCAAAUCACAGCAAUGCAUUGAGAAGGACACCGUCACUUUAUCCUGCGAAAUCGAUGAUGCCCAAGGCGAAGUUCAGUGGUUCCGCAACAACGAGGAAAUCAAACCAGACAAGCGAAUGCAAGUCAUCAAGGAAGGUCGCAAACGCAAACUGGUAAUCAAGGAUUGUAAGGUAACUGAUGCUGGUCAAUUCAAGUGUACGACAAACGCUGAUAAGACUGAGGCAGAGAUUAUUAUAAAUUAUCAAAACCGUUUCAACAAGAAACUUAAGGACACCGAUGCUGUUGAGCGAGAGAAACUUGUGUUGGAUGUCGAAUUACAGGACCAGACAGCUCCUUGCGACUGGAAAUUCAAUGGCGAACCAAUAGUGCCAAAUGAGCGUAUUGAAAUUAAAAACUUAGGCGGUGGCAAGCACCAGCUUGUUUUUAACAAUCUAGAGCUAACCGAUGCAGGUGAAAUCACCUGUGAGUCUGGUCAGCUCAACUCAACGUGCAAUCUAUCUGUGCGCCAGGGCGAGAGCAGGCCCAAUAUUGACUGUCGGGAUGAGUUUGCUGGACCAAUAAGUGCGCCUGUUAUUGUUGAGGUACCAUUCAAAGUUAGCGGUACUAAGCAAUCUCCAGUUGAGGCAAAAUUAAUUAAGGACGGAAAACCUUUGCCUGUCAAAGAUGUUGAGGUUGCGGUAACGGAUGAUAAGGUCACAUUUAAGUUAAAGAAACCAUCCAGAGACCUAUCAGGACCAUAUCAGAUCAAAAUUUCAAAUGGUCAAGGCGAAGACACAAAAGAUGUUAACAUUAUUUGCCAAGACGUUCCACAACCGCCACUCGAUGUUGAUGUAACCGAUGUUUUCCAAACAUCGUGUGUGGUUAACUUUAAGCCCCCGGCAGAUAAUGGCGGUACUCCUAUUUUAAAAUAUAUUAUCGAGCGUCAAGACUUGAGCAAAAAACAAGGCUGGGAGCCUGUCGCUGAGGUUCUACCAAGUGAACCUUGUCAAAAGAAGAUCGAUGACUUAGUGCCAAAGAAGCAGUACAGAUUUCGUAUACGUGCUGUAAACAAAAUUGGUCCAUCUGAUCCGGCUACAUUUAAGAACUCAAUACUAGCAAAAGAUCCGUGGGAUGAGCCGGGCAAACCCAAAGCCGUUGACCUUACAGAUUGGGACAGAGAUCACGCUGACCUUAAAUGGGAGGCACCAGAUAGUGAUGGUGGCGAUCCGAUUAUCUCUUAUAUUAUUGAAUAUAAAGAGAAAUUCUCAAAUGAUUGGGUUCCCGGAAAAGAAGUGCCGGGAGAUGCCAGGGUCGGCACCGUUGAUAAGCUCAAAGAGGGCCAACAGUACGAAUUUAGAGUCCGUGCUGUUAAUCGGGCAGGUCCUGGCGAGCCUAGCGACAAGACUAAAGCCAUUAUUGCCAAAUGCCGCUUUGUUAAACCAUUCCUUGUUGGUGAUGGUCUUAAAAAUAUAACUGUAAAGAAGGGACAGACCGUACGCUACGAUAUUAAAUACGACGGUGAACCAGAGCCAGCGGCUAGUUGGCUUAAGUCCAAUGAGCCUCUUAAGUUUGACAAUCAGCGCAUCUGUCUGGAGCAACUAGAGCGGAACUCAUCGAUUACUAUCAAAAAGUCUGUACGCAAAGAUACUGGCAAAUAUAAGCUAGUUUUGACCAAUAGUUCGGGUACUAUUGAGUCUGAAGCCCAAGUUAUUGUAUUGGAUCGUCCACUUGCACCGGGUGGGCCAUUUGAGCCGGAAGAGGUUCGAGCUCACCGCAUUAAAAUGAAAUGGAGACGACCCGAAGAUGAUGGUGGCUGUGAAAUCACGGGCUAUGCACUCGAACGCAUGGACGAAGAGACUGGCCGUUGGAUACCAGCUGGAGAAGUUGGUCCCGGCGAAACCUCGUUUGACUUUAAGGGUUUGACACCAAAUAAAAAAUAUAAGUUCCGUGUGAAAGCUAUAAACAAAGAGGGUGAAUCAGAACCACUAGAAACAACUGAUGCAAUUCUUGCUAAGAAUCCCUAUGAUCCGCCAAGUCCACCCAGCCAACCCGUUAUUGAUGAUUAUGAUAACAAAAGUGUCUCGCUUAAAUGGAAACGACCACCAUCUGAUGGUGGACGUCCUAUUACUCAUUAUAUCGUUGAAAUUAAGGAUAAAUUUUCACCAACAUGGAGUGAAGUUGCCAAAACCGAAGAUCCAACACCCGAAUGCAAAGUGGACGGGCUAAAGGAAAAAAUGGUAUAUCAGUUCCGAGUGCGGGCAGUCAACAAGGCUGGCCCAUCUGAACCGUCUCAGCCCACAGACAAUCAUCUUUGCAAGCAUAAGAACCUCAAGCCGCAAAUUGAUAGAUCGACAUUCAAACGCGUCACAAUCAAAAGUGGACGUACUCACAAAUGGUCGGUUGACAUUACCGGGGAGCCGGUACCCGAGGUACAUUGGAGUUGGCGGGACGACGUUCCACUGACAACUGGGGAUCGCAUUAAUAUCGAUAAUAUUGAUUAUCACACGGACUUUGUUUUAACGAAUGCCAAGCGCAAAGACAGCGGUUUUUACACAUUGAAGGCAGAAAAUCGGAAUGGUGUUGAUCGCGAGACCGUUGAAUUAGUUGUUCUUGGUAGGCCAAGUUCUCCGAAAGGACCUCUUGCUGUCAGCGACGUCACAGCAACUGGAUGCAAGUUACAAUGGAAAAAACCUGAAGAUGAUGGCGGCGUACCGAUCAAGGAAUAUGUAGUUGAGAAAAUGGAUACAGCAACUGGCAAAUGGAUCAGGGUUGGACGAUCUCCAGGCGAAAAAGAACCACCUACUUUUGAUGUUACAGGUUUGAAUCCCGGCUCUGAGUAUAUGUUCCGGGUGUCAGCUGUAAAUGAGGAGGGCGAAUCCGAGCCACUGACGACGCUCGUUAGUGUUGUUGCCAAGGAUCCCUUCGAUGAGCCCAAUAAACCAGGAACUCCUGAAGUUACCGACUAUGACAAUCAGAGUAUUAGCUUAAAAUGGACACCGCCCAAUCAUGAUGGUGGAGCUCCAAUACAAAAAUAUAUUAUUGAAAUGAAGGAUAAGAAUAAGCCAGAGUGGGAAAAGGUUCUCGAAACCCCUGGCGAUCAAUUAGAAACAACGGUUGCCGGUCUCCAAGAAUAUGGUGAAUAUCAGUUCCGUGUCAUUGCAGUCAAUAAAGCUGGUCUAUCGCCACCAUCAGACGCGAGCGUUUCACAAAUCGCCAAGUACAAAAAAUUGAAACCUCGUAUUGAUAGAACCAAUUUGAAGCCAUUGCUUAUUCGGGCUGGAAAGCCAAUUAAGUAUGAUGUGAAUGUACGUGGCGAACCUAUUCCUACUAUAAUAUGGUAUCAAAACGAUAAGGAACUGAAGCCUGCGGACUUGCCAAGCAAUUGCGAGAUUCAAAAUAUUCCGCACAAUACGAAAAUUUCAAUUAUUGACACUGUGAGAAAGCAUACGGGCACAUAUAAAAUACGAGCUGUCAAUGAGCAUGGAGAAGAUGAAGCAACCGUUGAAGUUAACGUUUUAGCACCUCCUGGUAAACCGAAGGGUCCCCUAGCUGUCAAAGAUAUUACCAAAGACAGUUGCAAAUUAAAAUGGCAAAAGCCUGAAGAUGACGGUGGUAAGCCGAUUACGGCUUACCAAGUCGAAAAAUUCGAUAAGAAACAAGGUCGCUGGGUACCUGUCGGUCGUACCUCUGGCAAUGAUACCGAAUUUGAUGUCAAGGGCCUUCAGGAAGGCCAUGAGUAUCAGUUUCGGGUUAAGGCCAUUAAUGAGGAAGGUGAAUCUGAACCUUUGGAGACCGAUAGCAGCAUAUUAGCAAAGAAUCCCUAUGAUUCUGCCAGUAAGCCAGGUACACCAAAGAUCGAUGAUUACAAUGAACACUUGGUCAAGCUAAAAUGGGAGCCACCUAAGGAUGAUGGCGGUGCGCCAAUCACUGGCUAUAUUAUUGAGAAAAAGGAUAAGUUUUCACCCAUAUGGGAUGAAGUUCUUACUACUAAUUCACCUACACCUGAGGCAACAGUCGAUGGCCUUACCGAAGGAAACGUGUAUCAAUUCCGUGUUCGCGCUAUCAACAAGGCUGGCCCCAGUGAGCCAAGCGACGCAACAGAGCCUCACUUGGCGAAACCGAGAAACCUAAAGCCAUUUAUAAAUCGCGAGAAAAUGAAGCCUGUCAAGGUACGAGCUGGUCAAACGGUUAAGUUUGAUGUAGAUGUUAAAGGUGAGCCAGCCCCCACUCUAUCAUGGUUCUACAAGGAUAAGGAAGUAACACCUAGUGGACAAUUCCGUUUGGAUAACGAGGACUACAACACAAAACUCACAUUAUUGGAUAGUUCACGAAAGGAUACUGGAGUUUAUAAGCUGAGGGCUGAGAAUAUUAAUGGUGUUGAUGAAGCUGAAGUCGAAGUCAUUAUAUUGGACAAGCCAGCUAGGCCCGAAGGACCCUUGGAUGUCUCGGAUAUACAUAAGGAAGGCUGCAAACUGAAAUGGAAGAAGCCCAAAGAUGAUGGCGGAGUGCCUCUAUCAGGUUAUGCCGUUGAAAAAAUGGAUACAGCAACUGGUAAAUGGGUCCCUGUGGGAACUGUUGAUCCUGAAAAGACAGAACUUGAUGUGAAAAACUUGGAUCCCAAUCAUCGUUAUCAGUUCAGAGUUAAAGCCAUUAAUGAAGAAGGUGAAUCGGAACCUCUUGAAACGGAUUCGGCCAUUACUGCUAAGAAUCCAUUCGAUGUAUCUGCACCUCCUGGACUACCAGAACUUGAGGAUUGGGACGAGCACCAUGUUAAACUGAAAUGGGAACCACCAAUCCGCGAUGGAGGUUCUCCCAUUACAAAUUAUAUUAUUGAAGUUAUGGACAAAGAUUCUGGAGAGUUCGUUAAAGCAGCAGAAACAGAAGGACCACUUUGCAAGGGAGUUGUUAAAAAACUGGAAGAGGGUCAGCAAUACAAAUUCCGCGUUCGCGCUGUAAACAAAGCUGGUCCCUCUGAGCCAUCAGAACAAACUAAUUGGCAUACUGCCAAGCCGCGCUUCCUGAAACCACAUAUUGACAGAACAAACUUAAAACCUGUUAUUGUAAAGGCAGGCUUAUCCAUCAGCUUGGACAUUAAUAUAAAAGGUGAACCAGCUCCGAAAGUGGAAUGGCUGUUUAAUGACUUACCUGUGCUCAGUGAUGAAGAAGGUAUUAAAAUUGACAAUGUUGAUUAUAAUACAAAAUUCUUUGUUAUGAGAGCCAAACGUCCCCAAAGUGGCAAAUAUACCAUUAAGGCAACAAAUGAAGUUGGCGAAGACAUCGCUGAAUUGGAUGUGACCGUACUGGGCAAACCAGGUAAACCCAAGGGUCCCUUGCAAGUUAAUGAUAUUACCAAACACAGCUGUAAGCUGAAGUGGGAAAAGCCUGAUGACGAUGGUGGCGCUCAAAUUGACUAUUAUGAAAUAGAAAAACUGGAUCCACAUACCGGGCAAUGGCUACCAUGCGGGAAGAGUUCCGAGCCUGAAGCUAAGGUAAUCGGCUUGCACGAAGGAAAACCCUAUAAGUUCCGUGUGCGCGCUGUCAAUAAAGAGGGCGAAUCUGAAGAUUUGGAAUCAGAUAAGCCAAUUAUUGCUAAGAAUCCAUUUGAUGAGCCAGAUAAACCAGGUCGACCGGAGCCAACCAAUUGGGAUAAGGACUUUGUCGACUUAGCUUGGGAUCCACCCAAAAACGAUGGGGGCGCCUCUAUUCAAAAAUACAUAAUUCAAAUGCGUGACAAGUCAGGUCGCGCCUGGGUAGAUGCCGGUACAGUUCCUGGUGACAAGACCAAGGGCACUGUAUCCGCUGUUGAAGAAGGACACGAAUACGAAUUCCGCAUUGUCGCUGUUAAUAAAGCAGGACCAAGUGAGCCUAGUGAUGUUUCCAAAUGUGUUGUGGCAAAGCCGCGUUUUUUGAAACCACACAUUGAUCGCAAGAACCUACAAAAGAAAGUUAUGCGCAGUGAUCAAAUGUUGCACAUGGAUGCAGCUGUCAAGGCCGAGCCUCCAGCUAAAAUAAUUUGGACCUACAAUGGAGCCGAAAUAAAAAACAACGACAAAAUUAAGAUUGAAAAUGAAGAUUACAAAACAACUUUUAUCAUGCCCAAAGUGAAACGUAACGAUAAAGGUAUUUACAUAGUUACAGCUAAAAAUGAUUCUGGUGUGGACACCGUUGAAGUCGAACUUGAGGUACUAUGCAAACCAAGCAAGCCGAAGGGUCCAUUGGCCGUCUCUGAUGUGACAGCUGAGAGCGUACAUUUGAAAUGGGAUAAGCCCGAUGAUGAUGGAGGCGAGCCCAUUGAGCAUUACGUUGUUGAGCGUAUGGAUACAGAAACAGGUCGGUGGGUACCUGUCCUAACAACUAAAACGCCGGAAGCAGACGUAACUGGCCUAACUGAAGGAAAAGAAUACCUGUUCCGUGUUAAGGCUGUUAAUGCUGAAGGUGAAUCGGAGCCUUUAGUAACUGAUAUUCCGGUUACUGCCAAGAACCCGUAUGAUGCCGCAGAUACACCCGGUAAGCCACAAAUAGUCGAUUGGUCGGCGAAUCACGCAGAUCUUAAGUGGCGGGCACCCGAUGACGAUGGUGGUGCACCAGUCACAGGAUAUAUUGUCGAAAAGAAAGACAAUAACACUGGAAAAUGGCAGAAAGUUAUGGAAUCAAAUACACCCGAUUGCAAGGCUCGUGUUAACGAUUUAAUUGAAGGAACUAAGUACCAAUUCCGUGUCAAAGCAGUUAAUAAAGCUGGUCAAAGUAAGCCAUCGGAGCCAUCUGACCAAAUGAUUGCUAAAGAUCGAUUUGCAGCACCCAAAAUCGAUAGAACAAAUAUUAAGGAUAUCACCAUCAAAGCCGGCCAACAUAUACGCUACGACAUUAAAAUUUCUGGCGAACCACCACCAUCCAAGACAUGGUUCCAUAACAAAGCUCGUAUCGAAAAUGAUGACUACAACAUCGAUAUGGAAUCGUAUCGCACCAAGCUGGCCGUGCCAUUUGCAAAACGAUUACAUACUGGUAAAUACACCAUUAAGGCCGAAAAUGAGUCCGGCCAUGAUGAAGCAUCAUUUGAAGUGGCCGUUCUCGAUAAGCCAGCAUCACCAGAGGGUCCACUGCGUGUAACGGAUAUUCACAAAGAGGGAUGCAAACUGAAAUGGAAUCCACCUCUAGACGAUGGUGGACUGCCUAUAGAACACUAUGUUGUUGAGAAACUGGACGUGGAAUCGGGACGGUGGGUGCCCUCUGGACGUUUCAAAGAACCAUUCGCUGAACUGAAUAACCUAGAGCCUGGUCAUGAAUAUAAGUUCCGGGUAUUAGCUGUAAAUACAGAAGGCGAAUCGGAACCAUUAUCCGGAGAGCAAUCUAUAAUUGCAAAGAAUCCAUUUGAUGAGCCCGGUAAGCCAGGAACUCCGGAGCCUGUUGAUUGGGACAAGGAUCAUGUGGAUUUGGUAUGGCGGCCACCUCACAAUGACGGCGGCUCCCCAAUUACUGGCUAUGUGGUGGAAAAACGUGAAAAAGGCACAGAUAAAUGGAUCAAGGGAGCUGAAAUAUCUGCUCCGGCAUUUGGCGAAGAAUGCAAAGCUUCUGUGCCAAAUCUUGACGAAAACUGCGAAUAUGAGUUCAGAGUAAAAGCUAUUAAUGCAGCGGGUCCUGGAGAGCCAUCAGAUGCUAGCAAAUCUGUCAUCACGAAACCAAGAAAGUUGGCACCAAAGAUCGAUCGCAAAAAUAUACGCACAUACAAUAUUAAGGCUGGAGAGCCGAUUUUCCUAGACAUCAAUGUCAGCGGUGAGCCAGCUCCAGAAAUAAGCUGGACUCAAAACGGCAAAAGCGUUUAUCCCACAUCCGCAAGCCACAUAGAAACAGUUCCCUACAAUACAAAAUAUAUCAAUAGUAGGCCAGAGAGAAAAGACACUGGACUUUAUAAAAUUGCCGCCCAUAACCUUUAUGGUCAAGAUCAAGUCGAAUUCCAGAUAAACAUUAUAACUAAGCCUGGCAAGCCGGAAGGCCCGCUAGAAGUAUCCGAUAUUCACAAAGACGGAUGCAAGCUUAAGUGGAAAAAACCAAAAGAUGAUGGAGGGGAGCCUAUUGAUAGUUAUUUGGUCGAAAAGUUCGAUCCCGAUACAGGCGUUUGGUUACCUGUUGGCAAGAGUGAUGUACCAGAAAUGACUGUUGAUGGCCUAAUACCCGGUCAUGAGUAUAAGUUCCGCGUAAAGGCUGUGAAUAAGGAAGGCGAAUCUGAGCCACUGGAAACAUUGGGUUCAAUAAUCGCCAAAGAUCCAUUCACGGCACCAUCUAAGCCUGGCGCCCCAGAGCCAACAGACUGGACAGCCAAUAAGGUAGAACUUGCUUGGAAUGAACCAGCUAGCGAUGGUGGCUCGCCAAUUACUGGAUAUAUUAUUGAAAUAAAGGAUAAAUAUAGCCCACUAUGGGAAAAGGCAUUGGAAACGGACUCGCCUACACCUGUCGCCACAGUGAACGGACUGAUAGAAGGAAAUGAAUAUCAAUUCCGAGUAACUGCCCUAAACAAGGGCGGACAAUCAGAGCCAUCUGAUGCCAGCAAAACAUUUGUAGCCAAGCCACGCUACCUAGCACCUAAAAUAGACCGAAGGAACCUACGCGAUGUAACAAUAUCUGCCGGAACAGCUCUUAAGUUAGACGCUGUUAUUGUUGGUGAGCCGGCACCAAAAGUGGAAUGGAAAUUUUCUAACUAUCCUUUGCAAUCCGGAAAAAAUACAACUAUUGAAACGCCCGACUAUUACACCAAGCUUGUUAUACGCCCCACUCAACGGAGUGAUUCUGGUGAAUAUUUGGUAACAGCAACAAAUAGCUCUGGCAAAGAUAGUGUCCUGAUCAAUGUAAAUAUUACGGAUAAGCCCUUGCCGCCCAAUGGACCACUUCAGGUAUCUGAUGUUCAUAAGGAAGGAUGCCAUCUGAAAUGGAAACGACCAAGCGAUGAUGGUGGCACUCCCAUUGAAUACUUUCAAAUUGAUAAGUUAGAUCCCGAAACUGGCUGUUGGCUACCAUGUGGGCGAUCAAUCGAACCUCAGGCCGAUAUUACAGGUCUAACGCCUGGUAAUGAAUAUAAAUUUAGAGUAUCGGCUGUAAACGCUGAGGGAGAAUCGGCUCCAUUAGUUGGCGAGGAAUCAAUUAUUGCCAAGAAUCCGUUUGAUGAGCCCGGCAAGCCUGAAAACUUAAGGCCAACUGAUUGGGAUAAGGAUCACAUUGAUUUGGCCUGGACGCCACCACUUAACGACGGUGGAUCUCCAAUCACAGGAUACCUUAUUGAAAAGAAAGAUAAAUAUGGUCAUUGGGAGAAGGCUCUAGAAGUACCAGCUGAUCAAUGCAAAGCCACAGUUCCUGAUCUAACUGAAGGCCAAGCAUAUGAAUUCCGAGUUAGCGCCGUUAAUGCCGCCGGACCAGGCGAGCCAUCUGAUGCAACAACUCCCAUUGUCGCAAAAUCACGCAACAAGCCGCCAGUUAUUGACCGCUCUAACUUGAUCGAAGUGCGUAUCAAGGCUGGGCAAGCUUUUACAUUUGAUUGCAAAGUAUCCGGAGAACCAGCGCCAUUAACUAAAUGGCUACUUAAAAAGAAAGAAGUGUAUUCAAAGGAUAACAUUAAAGUUACCCAUGUCCCAUAUAAUACCAAGCUUAAAGUGACAAAUGCGACCCGCUCCGACUCUGGUUUAUAUACUGUGCGUGCUGAAAACACCAACGGAGACGAUAGUGCUGAUGUUAAGGUAACUGUUAUUGAUAAACCAUCUCCACCGAAUGGACCACUUAAGGUGGAAGAUGUCCAUGCAGAGGGCUGCACGAUCAAAUGGAGUCCACCUGACGAUGACGGCGGCCAGCCGAUUGAUAAUUAUGUGGUGGAGAAAAUGGACGAAGCAACUGGUCGUUGGGUACCAGCAGGCGAGACAGAUGGACCAACCACAAGUUUGAAUAUAAAGGGUCUAACGCCAGGACAUAAAUAUAAGUUUAGAGUGCGUGCUAAGAAUCGCCAAGGUACAUCAGAUCCACUUACCACACCUCACGCCACUGAAGCUAAGAAUCCAUACGAUGCGCCCACCAAACCGGGAGCUCCAUCUAUUAAAGAUUUCGACAAAGAUUUCGUGGACUUGGAAUGGACAAGGCCAGAAAGUGAUGGGGGCUCACCUAUAAGUGGUUACAUAAUUGAAAAACGUGACAAAUACUCACCAGAUUGGGAGAAGUGCGCUGAAGUCGAUGGCGAUGUAACAAGCGGUCAUGUGCCCGACUUGAUUGAAGGCGUUAAAUAUGAAUUCCGUGUAAGAGCUGUAAAUAAAGCCGGUCCCGGUGUACCAAGCGAUGCAACUGAGCCGCAUGUUGCGCGUGCUAAAAACUUGGCACCUAGAAUCGAUAGGAAUUACAUGUUGGAUAUUAAGAUUCGUGCAGGCAACGUGUACGAAUUUGAUGUGCCCGUGACUGGAGAGCCCAUUCCAAGCAAGGAAUGGACUCAUGAAGAUAACAUGGUUAUAAAUACAGAUCGUGUUAAGAUUUCAAAUUACAAUGAUCGUACCAAACUGCGUGUUCUAGAUGCUAAGCGGGCGGAUACUGGAGUCUACACUUUGGUUGCCCGCAAUAUUAAUGGUGUUGAUAAGCACACAGUGAAAGUCACUGUACUAGAUGUCCCAACUGCACCCGAAGGUCCUCUACGAGGCGAUGAGGUGACCAAAAACUCAAUGACAUUACGUUGGCGACCCCCCAAAGAUGACGGUGGUUCCGAAAUAACGCACUAUGUGGUUGAAAAAAUGGACAAUGAAGCUAUGCGUUGGGUGCCCGUCGGAGAAUGUGCUGGCACUGAGAUUCGUGCAGACAAUCUCAUUGAAAACCAUGAUUAUAACUUUAGAGUGCGUGCUGUUAACAAGCAAGGACAAUCACAACCUUUAACAACUAGUCAAGCCAUUACAGCCAAGGAUCCAUACUGUCAUCCCGAUAAACCAGGUCAACCACAAGCUGUUGAUUGGGGAAAGGACUUUGUGGACUUGGAAUGGGCUGCACCUAAAAAGGAUGGUGGUGCACCUAUUACUUCAUAUAUUGUCGAAAAGAGACCUAAGUUCGGACAAUGGGAACGUGCUGCUGUUAUACCUGGAGACGAGCGGAAAGCCCAUAUUCCCGAUCUGACUGACGGUGGAGAGUACGAGUUCCGCAUAAUUGCUGUAAAUCGAGGUGGUCAGAGCGAUCCAUCGGAUCCAUCUGCAACUAUUAUCUGCAAGCCCCGCUUCUUGGCUCCAUUCUUUGAUAAGUCUCUCUUAAACGAUAUAACUGUCCAUGCUGGCAAGCGACUGGGCUGGACGCUACCAAUAGAAGCUUCACCACGACCAACAAUCAAAUGGCUUUACAAUGGCAAGGAAAUUGAGCCAAAUACACGAAUCGAAUCAAAUCUUUUCCAAAAUGAGCUGACAUUCGAAAUACCAUCAGCGCUUCGAUCUGAUGAAGGACGAUAUACAUUGAUAUUGAAAAACGAACACGGUUCCUUUGAUGCAUCGGCACACGCAACCGUACUCGAUCGUCCAUCACCACCAAAGGGACCCCUGGACAUCACUAAGAUAACCAGGGAUGGGUGCCACUUAGGAUGGCAAGUGCCCGAUGAUGAUGGCGGCUCACCAAUAUUGCACUACAUUAUUGAAAAAAUGGACUUGUCUAGAGGAACAUGGUCAGAUGCUGGCAUGAGUACCCAUCCUGUUCAUGAUAUUAUCCGCCUUGUUCAUCGCAAAGAAUAUUUAUUCCGUGUUAAGGCUGUCAAUGCUAUCGGCGAAUCUGAGCCAUUGGAAGCUUCGAAGAGCAUAAUUGCCAAGAAUGAGUAUGAUGAACCCGAUGCACCUGGUAAACCAAGUGUUACGGAUUGGGAUCGCGACCAUGUCGAUCUGCAAUGGGCCGCACCAAAAUCGGAUGGCGGUGCUCCCCUUACCGAAUAUAUUAUACAAAAGAAAGAAAAGAACAGCCCAUACUGGGUAAAUGUUGUCCACGUACCGCCAAAUAAGACAGCAGCAACUGUACCAGAACUUGUCGAAGGACAAGAGUAUGAGUUUAGAGUAAUCGCUGUUAAUCAAGCUGGUCAGUCCGAGCCAUCCGAACCAUCUGAUAUGAUAAUGGCUAAGCCGCGCUAUUUGGCACCAAAGAUAAUAACACCAUUACGCGAAGUACGUAUUAAGGCAGGUCUUAUAUUUCACAUCGAUAUAGAUUUCAUCGGCGAACCAGCACCAGAAGCUAUAUGGACGCACCAGAACAAUGCAUUGAAGUCAAAUGAAAGAUCAACCGUUACCACAAUUGGACACCAUACGGUUGUUCAUACUGUUAAUUGUCAACGCACAGAUUCAGGAGUUUAUCAUUUGCUAUUGCGUAAUGAUUCUGGCAUCGAUGAGGGUAGCUUUGAACUGAUUGUUCUCGAUCGUCCCGGCCCUCCAGAUGGCCCGUUGGAGUACGAAGAAAUUACUGCUAACACUGUGACCAUAUCAUGGAAGCCACCAAAAGAUAAUGGCGGCUCUGAAAUAUCUGCAUAUGUCAUCGAGAAACGUGAUUUAACACAUGGCGGAGGUUGGGUACCUGCUGUUACCUAUGUUAAUGCUAAAUAUAACCAUGCAGUUGUCCCAAGGCUUUUGGAAGGUACCAAAUACGAGUUUAGAGUAAUGGCUGAGAAUUUACAAGGCCGUUCCGAUCCAUUAACAUCCGAUCAGCCUGUUAUAGCCAAAAAUCAAUACACCGUUCCUGGAGCACCAGGUAAGCCUGAAUUAUUGGACAGUGACAAGGAUCAUAUUACUAUCAAAUGGAAACAGCCUAUUAGCAACGGCGGCUCACCCAUACUUGGCUAUGAUAUCGAGCGUCGUGAUGUAAAUACUGGUCGGUGGAUUAAAAUUAAUGGAGAACCAAUUCCGACCACAGAAUAUAGAGACGAUCGAGUAUCACCAAAUCAUCAAUAUGAAUACAGGGUAUCGGCAGUUAAUGCAGCCGGAAAUAGCAAACCGUCAGAGCCAUCAUGUACACUAAGUGCGCGUCCCAUGCGAGAGAAGCCAAAACUGCAUCUGGAUGGCUUGCACGGCAGGCGUAUCAAAGUACGUGCUGGGGAACCAGUCAAUGUUAAUAUUCCGAUAUCUGGUGCCCCAACGCCGACGGUUGAAUGGAAACGCGGUGACAUCAAAUUGUUAGAGGGUAGCAAAAUUUCAUACGAUACAAAUUCAGAGCGUACUAUUUUCCGCAUCGAUGAUUCAACCAGGCAAGACUCUGGAACAUAUAAGGUUACAGCUACCAACGAAUUUGGCAAAGACUCUGCUAAUGUUGAAAUAAUAGUUGUUGACAAACCAACGCCACCGGAAGGUCCACUAACUUACACUGAGACAGCACCUGAUCACAUUUCAAUGCAAUGGCAUCCACCGAAAGAUGACGGUGGCAGUGAAAUUACAGGCUAUAUCGUUGAAUUUACAGAGUUUGGUGUUGAUGAUUGGAAGCCUGUGCCCGGCUACUGCCCAAAAACAAAUUACACUGUCAAGGGGCUUACGGAAGGCAAAAAAUAUUUGUUCCGUGUUAGGGCUGAAAACAUUUACGGUGUUUCCGAAGCUCUCGAAGGUAAGCCAGUUGUGGCUAAGUCUCCAUUCGAUCCACCAGGUGCACCCACACAGCCACAAGUUGUUGGUUAUACUCCAAGCUCAGCGUCAUUGGAAUGGCAUCCACCAGAAUAUUGCGGUGGAAAGCCAAUUUCGGGUUAUAUUGUAGAAAGACGAGAACGUGGCGGUGAAUGGAUUAAGUGUAAUAACUAUCCCACGCCGAAUACAAGCUAUACUGUGCCCGAUUUGCGUGAAGGAUCUAAAUACGAGUUCCGUGUGACUGCGGUCAACGAAGCUGGUCCUGGCAGCCCAUCGAAGCCAUCAGAUCCUAUGACUGCCGAAUUACAACGCUAUCGUCCCGAUCCACCUGAACCUCCAAAGGCCGAUCGCAUAUCAAGGGAUAGCGUCACAUUGUCCUGGCGACCUCCGCGUAAUGAUGGCAAAUCCAAAAUCAAGGGGUAUUAUGUGGAACUACGACCUAAAAAUUCAAAAGAUUGGAAGCCAGUUAAUGACAUACCAAUUAGUUCUACCGUAUUUACGGUACCGGCUUUGAUGGAAGGCGAGGAAUAUUCAUUCCGCAUCAUUGCCGAAAAUGAUGUUGGACGCUCAGAUCCAUCCAAGCCAUCACAGCCCAUCAAAAUAGAAGAACAACCAAAUAAGCCAUGCAUGGACUUGGGCGGAGUUCGCGAUAUUAUUUGCCGUGCCGGGGACGACUUCAGCAUUCACGUACCAUAUGUAGCUUUCCCAAAGCCCACUGCAUUCUGGUACUCAAACGAUGUUGUGUUGGAUGACGACCAACGUGUACACCAACACUUAACUGACGAUGCUGCUUCGUUUGUUGUAAAGAAUUCAAAGCGAUCGGACUCAGGACAGUAUCGCUUACAGCUUAAAAAUCCACAUGGCUAUGAUACGGCUACUAUUAACGUAAAAGUCUUAGAUAGACCCGGACCACCAAGCAAUUUACGUGCUGAUGAAUUUGCUGGUGACUCUUUGACAUUAUAUUGGAAUCCGCCGAAAGAUGAUGGUGGCUCCCCGAUUCAGAACUAUAUUGUUGAGAAAAAGGAAGCCCGCUCUUCAACGUGGAACAAGGUCAGCAGCUACUGCACUGUACCGUUUGUACGUGUACGCAAUCUGACAAUUGGUAAAGAGUACGACUUCCGUGUAAUUGCCGAAAAUAAAUAUGGCGAAUCAGAUCCGGCUAAUACGUCUGAGCCAAUCAGAGCAAGACAUCCGUUCGAUGUACCAAAUGCUCCUGGCAUACCUCGCGGCAUUGAUUCCACAGAGGAUAGUAUUACGAUUGCCUGGUCUAAGCCCAAGCAUGACGGUGGAUCGCCAAUAACCGGAUACAUAAUCGAGAAACGACUUUUGAGUGAAGACAAAUGGACCAAGGCUGUUCAUGCCCUCUGUCCAGAUCUUAACUGUAAGAUACCCAACCUAAUUGAGAACGCUGAAUAUGAAUUUAGAGUGGCUGCUGUCAAUGCGGCGGGUCAAUCGCCAUUUAGCGCUUCAAGCGACCUUAUAUUCUGUCGCCGUCCACCACAUGCCCCCAAGAUAACGUCUGACUUAUCUAUUCGAGACAUGACUGUAAUUGCCGGCGAGGAAUUCCAUAUAACAGUGCCAUAUCACGCGAAUCCACGACCAACACCGUCUUGGAAUAUCAAUGGCAACGAUGUAGUGACCGAUCAGCGGAUUCGGUUUGAUACAGAUGAUUACAGCUCAGUUUAUUACAAUAAAUGUGCUAAACGUUCGGAAACUGGGUCUUACACAAUUACCCUGACAAAUAGCAAGGGCUCGGACACCGCAUCCUGUCAUGUGACUGUUGUUGACAGACCUGGUGUACCGCAAGGUCCAAUGAAUGCCUAUGAUAUCACACCCGAUACGUGCACACUCGCAUGGAAAACACCACUAGAUGAUGGUGGGUCGCCAAUCACAAAUUAUGUAGUUGAGAAACUCGAUACCAGUGGUACAUGGGUAAAGGUAAGCAGUUUUGUGCGUAAUACACAUUAUGAUGUAAUGGGCCUGGAACCCAAUCACAAAUAUAAUUUCCGUGUACGAGCUGAGAAUCAAUAUGGACUAUCCGACCCGCUGGACAUGCCUGAGCCCAUAACCGCUAAGCAUCAAUUCACUGUUCCUGAUGAACCUGGCCAGCCAAAGGUAAUUGAUUGGGACUCUGGAAACGUGACAUUGAUAUGGACUCGACCAGCCAGUGAUGGUGGCUCUCGCAUUCAGGGCUAUCAAAUUGAAUACCGUGACAUCCUUAAUGACUCAUCGUGGAAUACGUAUGAGUAUCUAAUCAAAGAUACUAAAUAUCAGUUGUACAACUUGACGAAUGGCAGCGAAUAUGAAUUCCGUAUUAAGGCGAAGAAUGCUGCUGGCUUCAGUAAGCCAUCACCUCCAUCGAUGCGAUUCAAACUGAAGGGUAAAUUCAAUGUACCAUCGCCACCAGGCACGCCCCAGGUAACGAAAGUGGGCAAAAAUUAUGUCGAUUUGAAGUGGGAGAAACCACUCAGCGAUGGAGGUUCGCGCAUUACCGGAUACAUAAUAGAACGCCGAGAUAUUGGCGGGGCUGUUUGGGUUAAAUGUAAUGACUACAAUGUCCUCGACACUGAAUUCACAGUUAUUAACCUAAUCGAAAUGGGUGAUUAUGAAUUCCGUAUUUUUGCUCUUAAUGCUGCUGGGCGCUCAGAGCCUAGCCAUUGCACAAUGCCCAUUAAGGUGUGCGAAGUUUUGGGCGGCGAGAAACCAGAUUGGAUAUCGAGAUUACAAGACAGGAUCGCACCUUGUGGCAAAGAUUUUACUUUACAAUGUGCUGCCUCUGGUAAGCCUAGCCCUACAGCCAGAUGGUUGAAAAAUGGCAAGGAAAUCCAGAUGCAAUCUGGAGGACGAUUUACAUGUGACAGCAAAGAUGGUGUCUUCCGUUUGCAUAUCACAAAUGUGCAGUCUGGCGAUGAUGGUGAUUACACUUGCGAAGCAAUUAACUCACUUGGAUUUGUGCAUACAUCAGGUUAUCUUAAAGUCGGCUCACCGCCGAUCAUAAACCGUUGCCCCAAUGAGUUGUACUUACCGGAGGGUGAUAAUACAAAGAUAAAAAUAUACUAUUCUGGCGAUCAGCCACUUUCAGUGAAGAUAACCAGAAAUAACGAAUUAAUUUCCAAUCUAGCUGAUGAAUCACAUUUUAAAUAUACUAUAUUUGAUGAUUAUAUUGCUAUAUUUAUUCGCGAUAUCGUUAAGACCGAUGGAGGCACCUAUCAAAUUGAGCUCAGCAAUGAUUCUGGUAAUGCAGUUGGACAUUUUGAUGCGCGUAUUACCGGACUGCCAUCAACGCCCGUUGGACCAAUGGGUAUUUCCCAUAUCAACAAGCACUCAUGUACAUUGGCUUGGCGUCCACCAGCGUACGAUGGUGGCCUGAAAAUAACGCAUUAUGUGGUUGAACGGAAGGAUAUAUCGUCACCACAUUGGAUCACUGUAUCCAGCACCUGCAAGGACACAAACUUCAAUGUGCAAGGCCUAAUCGAGAACCAAGAGUACAUAUUUCGCGUAAUGGCUGUAAAUGAGAACGGCAUUGGUGCACCAUUAGAAGGCUUGAAUCCAAUUCGUGCCAAAGCACCAAUCGAUCCCCCAUCACCACCGGGCAUUCCAGACAUUACAGAGAUUGGCGGCGAUUUUGCCCAUUUGGAGUGGAACAAGCCGGAGUCGGAUGGUGGUAGCCACAUACAAGGUUAUUGGAUCGACAAACGAGAAAUUGGCAGUGAUACCUGGCAACGAGUUAAUCCAAUUAUUUGUGCUGCUAAUCAAAUCAAUUGCCAUCAUCUGAUCGAAGGUCGUCAGUACGAAUUCCGCAUAUUCGCACAAAAUAUUGCAGGCCUAUCGAAAGCAUCGACCGCAUCGCAAGCUGUUAAGAUCAUCGAUCCAAAGGCCGCCACAGCUCCUCUUAUUGUGAAGCCCCUGCGUGAUGCGAACUGCAUACAAAAUCAUAACGCGCAAUUCACAUGUGAAAUCACCGGAGUACCUCGACCAACCAUCACUUGGUAUAAAGGAGCGCGUGAGAUAACGAGCGGAGCUCGCUAUCAUAUCUACUCCGAGGGCGACAACCACUUCUUAAACAUUAACGACGUAUUUGGCGAGGACGCUGAUGAAUAUGUUUGCCGUGCCGUAAACAAAGCCGGUGCCAAGUCAACUCGUGCAGCUCUCGCUAUUAUGACUGCGCCGAAGUUGAAUGUGCCACCACGAUUCAGAGACACUGCAUACUUUGACAACGGUGAAAACGUUGUUAUUAAAAUACCAUUCACUGGUUUCCCCAAGCCCCGCAUCCUUUGGAUAAGAGAUGGCGAGAAAAUUGAAUCUGGUGGACACUACAAUGUUGAAGUAAAGGACCGACAUGCCGUAUUAACAAUUCGUGAUGGAUCACAGCUUGACUCUGGCCCAUACCGGAUAACGGCAGAGAACGAACUUGGGUCGGAUACGGCUGUAAUUCAAGUGCAAAUUAGUGAUCGUCCAGAUCCGCCGCGCUUCCCAUUGGUCGAGAGUAUUGGCACAGACUCGUUAUCUCUGAGCUGGAAGGCGCCUGUUUGGGAUGGCGGCAGUGACAUUACUAAUUAUCUAGUUGAGCGCCGCGAGCAUCCACUUUCGUCAUGGAUACGUGUUGGAAACACACGUUUCACUUCAAUGGCCGUUACCGGUCUGACACCUGGCAAGGAGUAUGACUUCCGCAUAUUUGCCGAUAACGUCUAUGGACGAUCUGAUGCUUCAGAAAUAAGCACACUAAUCAAGACAAAAGAUUCGAUUAAGAAAAAGCCAACUGAGCGCAAAUGGGAGUUGGAUGAAAACGGUAAAAGGAUACGCGGCAAAGCUGAUGGCCCAAUCAAAGACUACGACUCAUACGUGUUCGAUAUAUACUCGAAAUUCGUGCCACAGCCCGUAGAAAUUUCGCACCAAAGCGUCUACGAUAGAUACGAUAUACUCGAGGAGAUAGGUAACGGAGCCUUUGGUGUUGUGCACAGAUGCCGGGAGCGAAGCACUGGAAAUAUUUUCGCUGCAAAGUUUAUUCCCGUAUCACAUGCUGUUGAGAAAGACUUAAUUCGACGCGAGAUUGACAUUAUGAAUCAGUUGCAUCACCAAAAAUUGAUCAACCUCCACGAUGCGUUCGAAGACGACGACGAAAUGGUUCUCAUACUUGAAUUCUUAUCUGGUGGAGAAUUGUUUGAACGCAUCACUGCUGAAGGUUACGUCAUGACCGAGGCCGAAGUUGUUAAUUAUAUGCGACAGAUCUGCGAGGGCAUCAAACAUAUGCACGAGAAGAAUAUCAUUCACUUGGACAUAAAGCCGGAGAAUAUAAUGUGCCAGACACGUAGCAGUACAAACGUGAAACUCAUUGAUUUCGGAUUAGCCACACGAUUGGAUCCCAACGAGGUCGUAAAAAUUACUACAGGCACAGCCGAAUUCGCAGCCCCUGAAAUUGUAAAUAGAGAACCAGUUGGCUUCUAUACGGAUAUGUGGGCUACGGGCGUGCUUGCCUAUGUGCUCCUGAGUGGACUUUCACCAUUCGCUGGGGAUAACGAUAUACAGACUCUAAAAAAUGUUAAAGCCUGCGAUUGGGACUUUGAUGUGGACGCAUUUAAGCACAUAUCCGAUGAGGGCAAAGAUUUCAUACGCAAGCUUCUCAUGGCCAACAAAGAGAAACGAAUGACUGCCCACGAAUGCCUGCUGCAUCCAUGGUUAACAGGGGAUCAUAGGGAGCUAACCCAAAAAAUCUCUCGCGAUCGUUAUCUGGCAUAUCGCGAGAAAUUGCGAAAGAAAUACGAGGACUUUGGCAAAUAUCUGUUGCCGAUUGGCCGCUUAUCUGAGUAUUCGUCACUACGAAAAUUGCUAAUGGAGAAAUAUAAAAUACACGAUGCCGUGUUCGAUCGUCGACAAGCCGCUCCAAGAUUUGUCAUCCGACCCUCGUCACAGUUCUGUUAUGAAGGACAGAGCGUUAAGUUCUAUUGCCGAUGCAUUGCGAUUGCCACGCCCACACUUACCUGGUUGCACAACAAUAUCGAACUAAGGCAGAGCGUCAAGUUUAUGAAACGGUAUGCAGGAGAUGACUAUUACUUUAUCAUUAAUCGCGUGAAGCUAGACGAUCGUGGCGAGUAUAUAAUUCGCGCCGAAAACCAUUAUGGUUCCAGAGAGGAAGUUGUUUUCCUCAAUGUACAUCCACUGCCAAAAGAACAACCAAGAUAUAGAACCGAAUCGACGCCAGUUCGACGCCGUGAACCCUUGCCCUACACCUUCUGGCAGGAAGAAUCGGAAUCGGCACCCUGUUUUACAUUCCUAUUACGUCCACGCGUCAUGCAGGCCCGCGACACAUGCAAGCUCCUCUGUUGUCUGAGCGGCAAGCCCGUUCCUACUGUUAAGUGGUAUAAGGAUGGUCGUGAGCUAAGCAAAUACGAAUACGCAAUGACCCACUCCGAUGGAGUUGUCACAAUGGAAAUAAUUGAUUGCAAACCUUCAGACUCCGGAAAAUACAGCUGCAAGGCAACGAAUUGUCAUGGAACAGAUGAAACGACGUGCGUCGUUAUUGUCGAAGGAGAAUGGGUUACGCCUGAGCAGGCAGAACUUGCACACAACUUCCUCUACUCAGGAGACCGCAAGUACAUCGAACAACCCAUCAAGCCGGCUCCGCCACCGAUUAUAACGACACGGCAAUUUACAUCGUCAAAUAUUUCCAGCAACUCGCAUCAGUCAUCAAGCACCAGAUCGAUGUCGGACGUUAAUACUGUCACCAACAUCAACUCGACACAGAGCACAAGUUCCUCAACGACACAGAAUAGCAUUUCAGGCAAAAAGAAAUAUGCAGCCAGUAGCUUACAGGCACCCGGCAGCCCAUCACGAUCUCGUAGUGCUACUAAAGAGCUAAUACUUCCGCCCGACGAUUCCUUAAUGUGUAAGCCGGAGUUCACUAAGCCACUUCACGACUUAACAAUUAGCGAUGGCGAACAGUUGCAGUUGGUGUGCCACGUCAAGGGAGACCCGGAACCACAAAUCACAUGGUCCAAAAAUGGCAAGUCGAUAUCGUCAUCUGAAAUAAUGGAUCUAAAAUACAAAAACGGUAUUGCUACGCUCACAAUCCACGAAGUUUUCCCCGAAGAUGAAGGAGUAUUCUCAUGCACAGCAACAAACUCAAUUAGCGCUAUCGAAACCAAGUGCAAGCUGACUAUCAAACCUCUGGAUAAACAGUCAAGCAAGCGCCAGGCAACUGGUAGCGACAAGCCACCGAAAAUAGUAAGCCACUUGGAAUCCAGAUUUGUAAAGGAUGGAGACGCGGUCACAUUGGCCUGUCGCAUUAUUGGAGCUGAUCAUUUUGAUGUCGUUUGGCUGCACAACAAUAAAGAGAUCAAGCCAAGCAAAGACUUCCAAUAUACUAACGAGGCAAACAUUUACCGUUUGCAGAUUGCUGAAAUCUUCCCAGAAGAUGGCGGCACCUAUACUUGUGAGGCGUUCAAUGAUGCAGGCGAAUCAUUCAGUAGUUGCACGAUUAAUGUCACAGUACCUGGCGAUGAUCCCAAGCAGCCGACAUUUAUCCAAUUUCCCGUUUCCGUUUCCGUAACGGAGGGGGAGAAUGCCCAAUUCGAAUGUGAAUUUGAUGGAGAGCUGGUCAGCCUAGCUUGGCUAAAGGAUGGCAAACCUAUUGACGAAGCACGUACUAGAUACUCAUUCACCAAGGAUGGCAAUCGAUACAAGUUUGCAGUAAACAAAUGUACUUUAGAUGAUGUGGGACAAUAUCAGGCAAAGGCUGUAUCAAAGAAGGGUGAAACCUUGAGCGCAUUUUCGGUAAAUGUCCUCAGCUCCGAUGCCUAAACUUCAAAUAACUUUGCACAUGCAAAAAAAACUUUAUUAGACUGCUCAUCAAAAAAAUAUCAUCUUAUAAGUAUUUCAUAUGAAAAAAUUAAAGAAAAUACUGAAAAUCGGAAGCAACAAAGCACCUGGGAGGACUGUGCCAUGUAAUAUGAUAUGGCCCUCCUCUUCGAAUCGUAUCUAACCUAUUCAUAUAUGUAAUACUUUAGAGAUAAAAUAAUAUUGCCUUCAUACUUACGCAUAAGCAAAGUGUACAAUAAUUUAUAAUUCUUUCAGUUGUAUCCAUUUAUGUUUACGUUUAUUUAAUGUAUGUAUGUACCUAUUUAUAUACAUCAUAUAUAUUCAAUAUAUAAUAAUAUAUAUUCAAUAUAUAAUAAACUCACUGAAUCACGAAUGAUGUAUGGAAGCAGUGAACCAAUCCAUGUGUUGUGCCACUUCUCUGACCGCUGGCAUCCUCACUGACCAUCAAACAAAUUCACAAGUCAGCGAAGUAGCCCAAUAAUGGAUUACCUUCUGCUGCAACUGUACAUCUAACUACUGGCAUACAUACAUGCAUACAUACUUACGUCUCCGAUGUAAAUUUGAUAUUUAUGUAUUUGUGGAAUGUGAACGGCUAUCGACCCAAAAAUAUGACACUCAAAUUUUUUAAAAUCGAAUUCAAAAUAAACGACGUAAU